GCUCAGACAUAGGGUUUCCACGAAACUUGGAAACCCUAGCUCAGCCCCCCCACCCCCCCGGGACUAGUGCAAUCAAUAGUUUCUAGGAGGUUUUCAGGCCCCAACGGUUGCUGAGCCCACCCUGUAAAAAUUCUUGUGUACGCCCCUGAUUGAAAUAGACGUGAGACGUUGAAGCUAUGUAUUGCCUAUAGAACUGUAUAGUUUAUUAUUUAUCCUUAAAUAGUAUUUAUAUGCCCUAAUUAAUUCAUCUUUACUCGGUUUGAUUGGCGCUUUUUGGGAUCAAUGGGAGCAGUGGCGGAUCAGGAAUUUACUAAGGUUGAGCCAUUUUCCUUUCCAAUUUCCGUAGCUUCCCUUAAUUUUCCAGUGGUGCGCCAUUGCUCCCAGGCUCACCCCUAUAUAAUCCGCCCCUGAAUGGGAGAGAAAAUAAGGUAUGCGUUUAUUAAUGUACAGUGAAUAAAUGAUCAUCUGUCAAGCAUCAUUCCGUGGAAGUAAACGCUGAGCCCUCUUCAAAAUAGCCGCCUAAUUAAGGACGGAAAUUAAUGUAAAUAAAAAACCUGCCCAUCCAUGCAUGCAUUAUUUUAACAAAGAAGAGAUUGAUGUUGUAAAUAUUAAUCAACCAAUAGAAAUGGAACUAGAUCAAUGCAUCUUAAAGAAUGUUAGACCUGCGGUUCCUCCAACGCACUUAAUAUUUCUUUCUUCAUCUUUAACUGAACCUUCACAGGCUUGCAGUAAAAGUAUCGUGGAGAAAACUUCUAAUUCUUUACUUUCCAAAUCUUCAGAACUUUUAUUCAGUGGAAAUAGCAUGACAAGAAAUACAGGACGCUACUGGUACAUGCAAUUCAGAGAGAAGCUGUUUCAUGAGGUUCUCAAUCCUACAUCUCCGCCUGAUUCAGACUCAGAUGAAGAAGAGAAUAUUCAAGAGCUUGAUGAAAAUAACACUGAAACUAAGAAGGAAAUUGAUGUAACUAAAGACGAUGGUUUUGAAGUAGAAGAUGAGAGAAGGGUACACAAAGAAGAAGGAUUUCAAAAUUCAGCUUUAAAAUGUAUUGAUCCAAUCGUUUUCGCUCCUACUGGGGAUAUAUACAGUUACUUUCAGCGGAGAAGAUUUGAGGCUGACAGACUGAGGUUUCCAUUGGUCCCCUCCACGAUACUAACAUUCAAAUAAUAAAAUGUAUCUUAAUGCAGUGAGGCCAGUAUUCAGGGAUGUACACAAGUGUAAACUUGGAGGAUUUAGUCAUUAACAAAUUUUUUUUUUUAAAUAAAGGCCCCUACUCCUCGAAAAAUUCCUGUAUUGAAUGGUUUAUGAACAUUAAAUAGUUUAGAAUGUC